AUGGCCCAUCUAGCUGCAUUAUGGUGUAGAGAUGAUGAUCAAUCUCAAAGUAAGAGAUUGAGCCUUAUCCAAAGGCUCAAUAUUGCAAUUGUCGUUGCCUCUGCUUUAGACUAUCUAGCAAGGUUCCUCUUGGAAGCAUCAGAUAGGUCCUCGCAAAGUCAAACCAUUUCUGCUGGGCUAAAGGGUUCCAUCGACUACAUUCCUCCAGAGUAUGGCAUGGGAGGCCAAGUUUCCAUUCUGGGAGAUAUUUAUAGCUUUGGAAUACUAUUGCUAGAAAUGUUGACUGGAAAAAGACCUACAGAUGACCAAUUUACAGAAGGUUUUAGCAUUCACCAAUUCACAGCCAUGGCAAUGCCCGACCAUGCCAGAGACAUAAUUGACCCUUCAUUGCUGAUUGAAAGAGAUUAUGCAGAUGUUGAUGAUGAGAAAUACAACAAUGACAUACGAGCAAGGACAAUUACAAGUUAUAAGGAUAGCAGCCCUAUCCGUCAAACAAGAUGGGAGGAGUGUUUGGUUAACGAAUUCCUUGAAAAUGGAAGAACAAAGAAGCGACAUCAGGCUUAUUGA